UACUUUAGUCACAGUUUUCAGUGUGCAGUGCAUUUUUUGACUGCCAAUUUCUGCACGUAAUGUAAUCGCUGAUGAAACAACUAAACUUUGAUGCAUGAACGUCAUGUGACGGCUAUGAAACAUAUUAAUAGUAACAAGAAGUAAAAAAAAAAAACAAUACAAGACCAACAAUUAUACAGUCCGUGAGGAAAUUAAAGUCAGCAUUUUAAAGACGAAAGGGGCUAUUUUAAUAGAUUCAUUUAAUAUGAACAUGUUUCUAAUUCUGUGUUCCUCCUGAAAAAGUUUUGUUUUUGACUAGAAAUAUGAUGAAAUAACAUGUCUGACUACUAUGUUAGUGAGUUUUUUAUACUUUUUUUCUUCUUGCUUAAACUAUUUUGCUACUUGUUUAAAAACGCAGGAAUGUGAUUCAAAAUUACAAACCAGGAAGCAGAAAAAUAUCUAGACAUAAACCAACACAUAAAAAGAUCUGUCUCUGUUAAAGUGAAACAUGUUAAAAACCAUAUUUCUUUUAUGUAUCUACCCAUAAAUCAUAAUUUUGUAAGGAAGCACACAGAUAAGAAUGGUAUAAGUAUGGAAAUACCACACAGACAGAGAGGAAAGCUCUACCAAGAGCCAUAAAGUCUGCAGAGAGGAUCAUAGGAAUAACACUUCCUUCCAUGGACUAUGUGCACAUACAACACUGAAUUCCAAUGUGCAGGGACUGUUGAUCCGUGUGUAAAUGGCAAAUAAAUGUCUUCAGUCUUGAGAUAAGAAACAUUUUAGAAGUAAAAAAUUGUUUGAAUGCUGCCUCGUCAUAUUUAUAAUAAUUUACUUCCUCAACAUGCGGUUGUUUUGAGUGUAUAUGAACAUAAUUGACUGUAUAAUUAUUUUUUUUAAUCAGAAGUUUUAAUUUUCAAAUUACUUCCUUGUUUGCAUUUUUUACAGUAAAAUGGAAGGCAGAUGGGAUGAGAUAUUUAAUCUCCUUACCAAGGGUUCCUAUCCGCUGCACUACACCAAAGGAUAAAGGCAAACCCUAAGGAAAUAUGCCUCUAAAUUCAGCAUUCAUGGUAAGUUGUUAAGAUUUAAGCAUACACCACAUUUUCUGAUAAUACGCCAUAUGACUAAUGUGUAAAUUCUUUCAAUAAAGCUGGGGGUCUAUUCUUUGGACCCUUGCUUAGGCGAAAAGCCAUUAAAUCAAAAGAGGAGGCUUGGACCAACUUUAGGGAAAUCCAUUCUUCAAAAAUGGGAGGACACAGUCGCAUUGUGAAAACUUGCAAAUCAUUGUGUUCGAAAUUUUAUUGGCAUGGUAUUGCCAAUACUGCAGACAUUGAGAAAUGGGUAUGUUACCUCAUUGUUAGCAAUCUCUAAUAUACAAUAUUUAUAAAUUUCAUAAAACAAAAUACAUUUUCUCGCUGUCUGAAUGUGACCAUUGCCAAAGAGUUGGACCUCCACUGAAGGUAGUCGAAACACUGGAUUGCAUCAAGGUAUCUGGUGUGUGGGAGCUGGUCGGAAUGGAUCUGACAGGUCCGCUUCCCCAGACCCCUUCUGGCUACAAGUUUAUAUUGACAGCCACAGAUUAUUUUUCAAAGUGGGUGGAGGCUUUCCCUCUGAAAACCAAGUCUGCAGAGGAAAUCUCCCAAAAUGUAUGCACGAUUUUUUAUCGGCAUGGCUGUCCUCUGCGCAUUCUUACAGAUCAAGGGCGAGAGUUUGUGAAUCAAAUCAACAGCAAACUAUGUGAGCUCCUUUCAAUUGAGAGGAGUGUGACAGCAGCAUAUCACCCGCAGACUAAUGGAUUGGAUGAAAAAACAAAUGACAACAUUAAACGGGCCCUCAGAAAAGUUGUUAAUGAAAGGCAGGAUGAUUGGGAUCUAUAUCUAGAUGCCACUUUGUUUUCACUGAGGUCCAAAAUGCACACCACAACAAAAUUCUCACCAUUCUACCUAAUGUAUGGAAGAGAGGCAAGGUUCCCAUGUGAACUUCCUGUUGAAAUGCCGGUAAGAGUCUGCCUGUCAUGAGUUAUGUUGGAAUCUUCCUUUGUACUAACAUAUUAAUAUACAUGCUGAUUUUGUAAAUACUUGUAAUCGUUUUCAGACAUAGAAUCUUUUAACAGUAAUGUUUUUAUAACAGUGUCUAAAUGUGUAACAUUUGUAUUGCAAAAACAUGAUCUGUUUUUGCAAUGUAGCUGUCAUCUAUUAUCCUUCCAAUGGAAUACAGCGAAUAUGUAAAUGAGCAAGAAAAAGUACAAAAGUACCGAGAUGAGAAGGUAAAAGAAAAUGUGGAAGUGGCUCAACAGAAAAUGAAGGAAGCAUAUGCAAAUAGGGCGAACAAAAAAUACAAACAUUUUUCAUUCAAAGAAGGGGAUGAGGUGUUGUUGUACAAUGUAAGAAAAAGAAGUAGAAAAGGAGCCAGGAUGGAGCGUGACUAUUCUGGCCCAUACACAAUCCAGCAACUCUUGGGCAAGACUGCUAUGCUGACAACUAUGACAGGGAAACACUUGAAAUCAAAGCACAGCAUUACUCACCUAAAGCCCUACAAAAGAGGCAAUGUGGGACACAAGGAAGCUGGGCCAGAUGAACCACCAUCAAAAAUUCUAAAACUUGAAUCAAGUGAGAAGCAAGAGAGGGAGUCAGUUAUUAAGUACGUGGGCAAAACACAUCUGGUGGGGAAAACUCAAAAUCAGGACUCCGACAAGGUGAUUCCUCCCUUUUCCAAGUUGUCUCCCUUGCCCCCUCCCAGGAUGUCUCCCUCACACCCUCACAUGAUGUCUCCCUCGCCCCCUCCCAGGAUGUCUCCCUCACACCCUCUCAUAAUAUCUCCCUCGCCCCCUCCUGAGACAUCACCCUCACCCCCUUCAAACAUGUCUCCCUCGCUCUCUCCCUGGAGGGUUCCUUCACCCCCUCCCAAGACAUCUCCCUCACCCACUCUGAGCAUGUCUCCCUCGCCCCAUUCCAAGACAACUCCCUCACCCCCUCUUUGCACAUCUCCCUCACCCCGUCCCAAGACUCCGCCCUCACUCCCUUUCAAGACAUCUCCUUCGCCCCCUCCCAUGAUGUCCCAGAAAACAUUGCAGCGGCAAGGCGCAGUAGUACCGCAAACCAAAAAAAGUUUUUGGCCCUGUUGGCCAUUGGUUCAGACCGGUUGGUCAGUUAUUUGCAUGUUUGUUUACUGCCUGCUACUGCUCAUGUUGGGUGGCUGUCAGAUG